CCUGUAUGUGUAGGCUGUAUGUGUGUGUAUGUGUGUGUGUUGUAACAUUGCUGUGAAUGCAGAAAUACUACCGACAACACUCUUGACAUUGGUAAAGUAACUUUGUGAGGCGACUUUCUUCACUAUCAAUGAAAGAUAUCCUGACAUUGUGAUAAGUGAGGGCUAAAAAGUUGUCCGGGGGUUCGAGCGGAGACGCGAAACGCGUCCAGCAUCGUGACGGGACCCUCCUGAAGGGAACAGCAGGCUUUGCGCCGCGGACAUGGGGCGGUCAUGCAAGAACUGUGGGAGCACGUCCAUCGACGUGGACCAGUCGCGUGGCGAUGCGGUCUGCAUGGGAUGUGGCUCGGUGCUGGAGGACAACAUCAUCGUGUCGGAAGUGGAGUUCGCUGAACGCGGCGGGUCGGCGCACGCCAUGGGACAGUUUGUCGCCGGAGACAGCGGAGGAAAGAAUCCCAACUUUGGAGACGCGUACUACACCGGCAGAGAGUCCCGCGCCCAGACGCUCAGUAACGCGAGGAACAGCAUCACCACCCUGGGCCGCUCGCUGCAGAUGAACCAGCACUGUCUGGACACGGCCUUCAACUUCUACAAGAUGGCGCUGUCCAAGCGGCUCACCUACGGCCGCCGCGCCGCCCACGUGGUCGCCGCCUGCCUCUACCUGGUCUGCCGCACUGAGGGCACGCCCCACAUGCUGCUGGACCUCAGUGACAUCGUGCAGGUGAACGUGUACAUCCUGGGGAGAACCUUCCUGGUCCUGGCCCGAGAGCUCUGCAUCAACGCCCCGGCCAUAGACCCGUGUCUGUACAUCCCGCGCUUCGCCCAGCUGCUGGAGUUCGGGGAGAAGAACCGGGACGUGUCGAUGACGGCGCUGCGCCUCCUCCAGAGGAUGAAGAGGGACUGGAUGCACACGGGACGGAGGCCCUCCGGCCUCUGUGGGGCAGCUCUGCUGGUCGCCGCUCGCAUGCACGAUUUCCGCCGCACCAUCAAGGAGAUCAUCGCGGUGGUGAAGGUGUGCGAGGCCACACUGAGGAAACGGUUGACAGAGUUUGAGGCCACGCCCACCAGCCACCUGACGGUGGAGGAGUUCAUGAAGGUGGACCUGGCCACGGAGUGUGACCCCCCCUCCUUCACCGCCGGGAAGACCAAGAACAAAAUGGCAGAGCUAGAGAUGGAGCUGGAGAAGAAGAUGGUGGACGUGGAAGGCGAGAUCCAGAGCUACCACGACGAGAUCGAGACGGAGCUGGAGAGCUGCAGACCCAAGCUGAAGGGCGUGUACGCUGCCUACACCGGACACGACGAGUCGGACUCGGCGCCGGAGGUGAUCGAAGGCGAGGAGGUGGACGAGGAGGUGGACGAGGAGCUGAUGGCCGUGGCCAAGCACUUUGGGAAGGAGCUGAGCGAGCUCUCCCUGGCCGAUCUGGAGAAGGGGGGAGGAGGAGGAGGAGGAGGAGGAGGCGGCGGUGAGGAUGAUGACGAGGAGGAGACGGAGGGAGCGGGGGGAGGGCGCCGAGGCCCCUCGCUGGAGUCCAUCCUGGGGCCCAUGCCCACCGCCGCCAGCCUGGGGCUCCAGGACUCCAUCAGGACGGCCGUCGACGAGGAGAAGGAGAACGACGCCGGAGAAAGCGGGGAGCUGGACCUGAGCGGGAUCGACGACGGCGAGAUUGAACGGUAUCUCCUCGACGACAAUGAAAUCAAGAUCAAGACGGCUGUGUGGAUGGCCGAGAACUCGGACUACCUGAAGGAACAGAAAGAGAAGGAAGCCAAGAUCGCCUUGGAGAAGGAGCUGGGCAUCUACAAGGAGAAGAAGACGCGGGCGUCGGGGAAGAAGCGGGGGCCGAUCCGCGCACGCACGGCGGACGAGGCCAUCGAGAAGAUGCUGGAGCGCAAGAAGAUCUCGUCCAAGAUCAACUACGACGUCCUGAAGGACCUCAACGUCCGGCCGCCCGCCAGCCCCGCCCACUCGGCCACGCCCCCCCGCAGCGCCACGCCCACCAGGGGGUUCGCCGGGCGCAACGCCGUCCGCAGCCACGCCCCCCCCCCGCUGAGCCUGGGCACGCCGCUGAGCUCCCUGGGAAAAAGGGAGGAGAGACGGUGAAGAGAGAGACAGUGAAGAGAGAGAGACGGUGAAGAGAGA